AUGUCCGAGCAGUUAUCCUCUCCUCGAAUCACAGCCGCCUACUUGGACAGCUUCGUUGGUCGACUCGUCACAAUUGUGGGCAAGGUGACACAGCUGCGAGGUGAUCAGGCCACCAUUGAUUCCGACGGCAUCGUGACUGUGGUCCUGAACAGGGAUGCGCACCUCACCAACGGGAAUGCCGUCCAGGUUAUUGGAAAAGUCAACCCAGAUCUGUCGAUAAAGGUACUCAGCUCUCGGGAUCUAGGCAGUGAUGUUGAUUUUGGACUUUGUAGCGCAGUGGUUGAAGCCACACAUCGGCACAAGGCAAUUUUUGUCUCUGAAAAUUAA